AUGAUUAUUGGUAAUCUGUACGCUAUUGCGGCCAUCGCCGUCAUCGGUGGUGGCCUGUUCGGUUUCGAUAUCUCGUCGAUGUCCGCCAUCAUCAGCACCAAACCCUAUCUCUGUUACUUCCACCAAGGACCAAUUGAAUAUGAUGAUAAUGGCGACAUGAAAUGCAAGGGUCCCAGUGCAGACGUGCAGGGUGGUAUCACCGCCUCCAUGGCUGCUGGUUCCUGGUUGGGUGCUCUGGUCUCGGGUUUCGUCUCCGAUAUGUUUGGUCGAAAGCAAGCUAUCAUGGUCGGUGCGGUUAUUUGGUGCAUUGGUUCUAUCCUGGUUUGCGCCGCCCAAAACAUCCCCAUGUUGAUUGUCGGUCGUAUUAUCAACGGUUUCUCCGUCGGUAUCUGCUCGGCUCAGGUCCCUGUCUACAUUACUGAACUGGCUCCUCCUACCAAGCGUGGUCGUUUGGUUGGUAUGCAACAAUGGGCGAUUACGUGGGGUAUCAUGAUUAUGUUUUAUAUCUCGUACGGAUGCAGCUUUAUUAAUGGCACCGCCUCCUUCCGAAUCCCCUGGGGCCUUCAAAUGAUUCCUGCCAUGCUUCUCUUUCUGGGCAUGACAGUGCUACCUGAGUCGCCUCGUUGGUUGGCCCGUAAGGACCGCUGGGAGGAGUGCCACGCCGUCCUGGCCCUGGUCCACGGCAACGGUGACCCCAACGCCUCGUUCGUGCAGCUUGAAUACGAGGAGAUCAAGAGCAUGUGCGAGUUUGAGCGCCAUAACGCUGACGUCAGCUACCUGGAACUGCUCAAGCCCUCCAUGAUCAACCGCACGCACGUCGGUAUCUUCACUCAAAUCUGGUCCCAGAUGACCGGCAUGAACGUUAUGAUGUACUAUAUCACCUACGUAUUCGCUAUGGCUGGUCUGGAGGGCAACAACCUGCUCGUUUCCUCCAGCAUUCAGUACGUCAUCAACGUCGUGAUGACCGUUCCCGCCCUCAUCUGGGGUGACCGUUGGGGUCGCCGUAACACCUUCAUGGUCGGCGCUAUCUUCAUGAUGAUCUGGAUGUACGUCAACGCCGGCCUCAUGGCCUCUUACGGUCACGCCGCUCCCCCAGGCGGUCUCGACGGCAUCGAAGCUCAGUCGUGGAUCAUCCGUGGCGCCCCCAGCAAGGCCGUUAUCGCCUCCACCUACCUGUUUGUGGCCAGCUACGCCAUCUCCUGGGGUCCCGCCUCGUGGGCGUAUCCCCCCGAGUUGUUCCCCUUGCGUGUUCGUGGCAAGGCCAACUCGCUCUGUACUUCCUCCAACUGGGCCUUCAACUUCGCGCUCAGCUACUUCGUGCCCCCCGCCUUCGUCAACAUCCAGUGGAAGGUCUACAUCCUCUUCGGUGUCUUCUGUACCGCCAUGUUCCUGCACGUCUUCUUCAUGUUCCCCGAAACCUCCGGUAAGACCCUCGAAGACGUCGAGGCCAUCUUCACCGACCCCACCGGUAUUCCCUUCAUCGGUAAGCCGGCCUGGAAGACCAAGAACGAGUUCUCGCGUGGUGCCGUCAUCGAGCAGGUCGGUGAUGAUGAGAAGCGCGUCGGCAGUGUGGCCGUGCAUGCCGAGACUGCUGAGAAGGCAUGA